AAGAGCAACAGAUGGUCGCUGAGAUAGAACGAACGAGAGCACAACGAAUGAAACAGUGAUGAGAGGAGCGAAGGAACUUUGCCUCGAAGAAUAUGUUCGUUUCUUCAACAAGGAAGAGCUAGUUCUCACUUUGAAUCAGCUAAAAAAGAUCGCACGCAUUAACGGGCUCGUCAAGGUGCACCAAAUCAACAAGUCAAGGGUACUGGAUGCUUUGCGCUCGGUGGAGCUGACGCCUCCGGGGAGAUCGACGGUCGGAGAACGUAUGUUGAAAUCUUCCACCAAUGAGGAGCUGUCUCUGGACGAGGUCCUAGAAGAUAUUGCCUCGCUCGGGUGGCAAGAAUGCCCCAUCGUCUCCAUCCUAACCGUCGGAAAUGAAUGUGCGAUGGAAGCAAGGGAGGGUGCUGCCCCGAUUUAUUUUUCCUACUGUUCCGACCAAGUUAAGAAAAAAGGCGUCAAGUGCAUAGAAACAACGAGUUCUGGAGCCAAGCGCAAGAGGAAAUCUGUUACUAACUUGACUAAACUGCCAUUGAUAGGGACAGUGCGGGCAGAAGGUAGUCCAAGUGGCUCCCAGGUGUGAAACAAGUAAGAUGUAGGCUUAUAGCAUUUAAUGUUUUGGAUCACGGAGAGGUUUGAUUAGUUUGCCCUAGUUCUUCUUCCUCAGCUCGGUGAUAUUCAAUCUGUUGCAUAAAUCCAAAAAGUGGGAAUAACUAUGCUACAUCGUAUUAUGUUCCGACGAUUUGCUGCUUUUCCAUUAGUUAGCCUACCAUAAUUUCAGGUAAUCUGUUGCUGGUUAUCCAGCUCAAGAUGAGGAGAGGUUAUUACCUGUGGAUUCCGAGUUGGAGAAUCGGUUUUCAUAAGUGUAUGUAGUAAAGGUUUAGUAAAAAUAUAAUUACUGUUCAACA